UGUGAAACAAACAAAUCUGUUCUUUCUCGUAUUUUUUUUAUUUGCAGCUUCAUUUGCAGAUGUUUAUGUUAUAAGAGACCGAUUUGUGCCAUUUAAAGCUAGAUCGUGAUGACUGACUCAAUUUUGAUUAAAUACACAUGCACAGCAGUACAUGUAUGUGAUCAUGGUGAUCGUUACAAUGUACAUGUACAUCUGCCAGAUUUUAACAAAAUGAUACAGCCUACAGAUAUAAUUGCAGAUGAUAAUGAUGGAUGAGUCAGCAAAUACCCAGGAUUUAUUACAGGAAAUGGACGACAUUACUGGAAAUGGAUCACAUGUCAGUUUCACAGAAAUGGACAAUACACAACAGAUUGUAAACAAUAUCGAUGAAGUAAUUGCUCAACAGGCAUCAGAAAACACCUUUAAAACCAAUGAAAUUCCACAUAAUGUCGCAUCAUAUCAAAGAACUGGAAACACUUCAUCACAGCCCACUUGUCAACAGACUCAGGAUUCCUUGGAAAACAUGUCAGAAAAAAUUGAUGUGAUUCAAAAUGUAGAAAUACAAUCUCUAAAUCCUAAUAAAUCAUUGCAAUGCAACACACAAGAGGAAGACCCCAAUUUGAGCUUAAUUAUAUCACAAUCACAAAACUUAGAACAAUUAAGUGAUUCUAACAUGUCUAAAGAAUCUUUAGUUUUGAAUGAUAUCCCAGUACAAAGUAACAAAGACAUUCAUACAGAAGAUAGUGAGACUGGUAACUGUGAGCCGCCUAGCAAAAAACUUAAACCAGAACACAAAGAUGAACAAACCAAACCAGUUUUUCAGUUUGUUCCAAGAAAUGUUACUCACAAUAAAAAUAGUUCAAGUGUAAAAACAAAUUUGCUGUUGGUUUCCAAAAAACAAUUAGAUCCUCAAAGUAUUUUAAAGACAUUUGAUUCAGGACAAACAUGUAGUUCACAGCAGAUACCAAAGGGAGAUAAUUCAAAGGAACCAAUGUACCUUCAAGAUGAAUAUAGACACUCAAGCGAGAGAGAUAAAUCAUGCCUAGCUGACAGUGAUACCACAUCUUUCCUUGACAAAUCUUAUGAUGCAAAUGUAAUGUUACCUGCAGAUAUCGUAAAAACUUGGAGGACUUCUAGAGAGAUACAAGAGGGGGAAAUUAUUGAGGUUGAGAGGAAUACCGAUAGUGUGUUUACAUCCCAACCAACAUGUUUUGCCAGGAUAAUUGAUGAUUUUAAGAAGACUGAAGAUAAUUAUCUUAGAGGGUGUAAAUGGUCUCCGGACGGGAAAUGUUUACUAACUAAUAGUAACGACAACAAACUACGUGUAUAUCACUAUCCUACAGCUAAUACACAAUCAGAAUUGAAAUCUUGUGUUACUGUUAAAGAGACUGAUACAGUGUAUGACUUCUGCUGGUACAGAAAAAUGUCAUUAGAAGACCCUGAUACAUGCUGUUUUCUCACAACUUGUAGAGAUGGUCCAGUACAUAUGUGGGAUAUGGCCAGUGGUCAUUUGAAGUGUUCAUACAGACCUUAUAAUCAUUUGGAUGAAAUAGCAACAGCUCACAGUCUGGCAUUAAGUUUAGAUGGUGGAAAGUUAUACACUGGAUUUAACAGAAUGAUUCGUGUAUUUGAUGUGUCAAGACCUGGAAGACAUUGUAUACAACGACCUACAUUUGUAAAACACCAAGGACAGCCAGGGAUUAUAUCAUGUAUUGCAGCUAGUCCACAAGGUGGUGGUAUAUAUGCUGCAGGGUCUUAUGCCAGAGCUAUUGCUCUUUACCAUGAACCAGAAGGAAAUAUGGUGUGCAUGUUUCAGGGCCAACAAGGGGGUGUAACUCAUAUAGCCUUCUCACCUGAUGGUACAAAGUUAUAUAGUGGCGGAAGAAAGGAUCCUGAAAUUCUGUGUUGGGAUCUGAGAAAACCAGGACAGAUUUUAUUUGUGGCUUUAAGAUUGUGUGAGACCAAUCAGAGACUUUAUUUUGACCAAGAUACCGUUGGCAGACAUUUGUUUUCUGGUUGCCAUGAUGGUACAGUAUGUAUGUGGGACACCACACAACCACCAGUGAAGGUUCUGGAUGAGUCAGAUCCUUUAUUGAAACCGAUCAUGAAGUAUAAAGCACACGGAGACUGUGUCAAUGGAGUAAGUUUGAACCCAUACGAGAAUGUGUUGGCUACCUGUUCUGGACAGAGACAUUAUCCUGACCUUGGAGACAGUGAUGAUUCUGAUAAUGAUAGUAUAGAAUCGGAUGUUAUAGACAAUAGUGUUAAACUUUGGAAGUUUAAGUCAUAAUACAUCUUUAUCUCUUU